AGAGAGGUGAUGUGAGGCAGAUAGUGGCUGAUUUCAAUUUCAAGAUAUCAGCAUGGCAACUGCAUUUACUGUUAUCAUUUUACGAUUAUUAUUUGUAACGAAAUUGAUUAUGUGAACCAAUUCGUAAAAGUUAACGAGUUAUAUCUCAUGAAAAGUAUAAAACUAGGGCUCACUGUGCAAAUAUCAAUAUAAUCGUGCUGGCCCAAGUUGGUUAAGGUUCGUUCAUGUAUAAAUUGUGUUGUUACGGUGCCAAGAAUAUUUAAACAUGGAAGUUUCCAUUAGGUUAUCAACUGAAUAAGUAUAACUAUUAAUGUAUUAUUUUCAAGGUGUUCUUGGAACUUGCUUAGGAAAUUGUAUUGUAAAUGAAACUUGUGCGUGGAAUAAAAUAAAAAGAUCGCUAUAAGUUAUUAAUUGAUCCUCCGCUUGAACACAGAAGAUCUAAAGCAGAAUGAAUCACUCUUUAAUAAACAACUUUUUGCGUUGUCUCCCGGAAAUCGACGACUUCAAUUAUUUAGCAUUACAUGCACUUGCAGCUGAUACAAAUGGUAGAAAUUUCACCUCCGCGCAUAACGAACUUGCCUUCUACAGAGAUUCAAGUGAUUACAAUCACGACUACUAUAAUGGUCAGGAGCGUGACGACAAUAACUCAAGUAAUGGUGAUCUCAUAAUUGCCAAAGCUACAGCAAUAGUUGUACUCUUCUGUGCUAGUACAUUUUGCGGCAGCGUUCCGUUCGUUUUAAACCGUUUUUUUAGAUGGACGGAGGGCCAUGCAAAUGAACGUUCAGCUACGGUCGUUAAAUGUUUAUUAUAUUUCGGUGGAGGUGUGCUUCUGUCUACUACAUUCCUACAUUUGUUACCCGAGGUACAAGACGUAGUCGUUCAGUUGCAGAACUGCAGCGUAAUACCAAAGCUUAGCUUUAAUUUGCCAGAAUUGCUCAUGUGCACCGGCUUCUUUCUCAUGUAUUUUAUUGAAGAGGCUCUACAUACAUAUAUACAUCGACAUAUGCGCUUAAUGAAUUGUGACGCUAGCGCAGCCUUUAAAAGAGGUCGUAGCAUACGAAAUAGCUAUUUAGUGAAGGGUAACAAAAAGACAGACGAAAAAAAUAUUUAUAAAGAUGCUGACAAUGACGCUCCCGAAUUGAAGAAUAACAAUUCCACAGUGAUAGAUGACUGCAAUGCACCGAGUGUCUCAGGGAAAGGUGUAAAUAUGUCAGGCCGGCCAGCUUCACUAUCAAUCCAAAAUUUAAUUGUAAAUGAUUUAGAGAACCAACAGGUUCAACAUGAGGAGCUACGGAGUUAUGAAACCGUACAGAAACAACAGAACCACUAUAAACAUCAUGGUCAUCAGCAUCAACAUGGCCACAGCCAUUCACAUUUUACACUUUAUCCCGGAGGAAGUAAUGAGGACGCCCUUGCAUCGUCUUUGCGUGGAUUGUUUAUAGUUUUGGCGCUUUCGUUGCAUGAAUUAUUCGAAGGCAUAGCUAUUGGCCUAGAGAGUAGUGGAACAGAUGUUUGGUUUAUGUUUGGUGCUGUGUCCGCGCACAAACUCGUAUUGGCAUUUUGCGUCGGCGUUGAGCUAAUUGUUGCUCGUACACGCUUCGUUCUCUGCAUAGUCUACAUUCUAACAUUUGCAGUGGUCAGCCCGCUUGGCAUAGGUAUUGGCAUACUUAUUAGCCAUAGCGAAGACAUAACAUCACCCACCAUUGCCUCGGCCAUACUGCAGGGAUUGGCAUGUGGAACACUAUUAUACGUAGUAUUCUUUGAAAUUUUGUCAAAAAAUCACGCUGGACUUUUUGCCUUCCUAACUUUGCUGGUCGGCUUUCUAGUCAUGUUUGGCAUACAACAAGUAGGCUCAGAAGGGCAUGGACACAGCCACGACAGUUGCGGAGAUUAUGGCCAUGAUCACGAUCAUAACGAUAAAAAACUACUGUUUAAAGGGAUACAGAAUGUUUACACAACCCAUGCGUCUAUAAAAGCUGUAUUUCAAAGCAACCUGAGCACGGAGCAGCACCAGCAUGAAAACCAAAGUUUCGAACGUGAUUUGCGAAUCUUACGGCAAGCAUCUGAGAAACUGUUACAAAAUACUACCAUAAUUAAAUAAUUAAUAUUCUCCUUAUAAUAUUUGCUUUCGAUCUGUUUUAUACAUUUUAAUGGAAAGUUUUAUAUAAUAAAUAUAUUUUGAUUCAUCUCAUCUAGAUGGGUUGCACAAAGCUUUAGCUAA